AAGGGUCGAGGCAAGGGGGCUGAAAGCAGAGCGGACUGAGCGGCCAGCGGAGAACAGUUAAGGCAGAGGUCCCCUCACCCGCAGACAGCAGCUCUCUCCUGCCCGAGAUGUUCCACCAAGUCUGGGCGGCUGUGCUCUACCUCUACGGCCUUGUCUUUAACUCCAUGAGCCAAUGCCCUGAGCACAGUCAACUCACAACGCUGGAAGUGGGCGAGAAAGAGUCCCCAGAUCCCCACCUGGGCACGUGGUACUUCAUCGCAGGAGCAGCCCCCACCAAGGAAGAGUUAGCGACUUUUGACUCGGUGGACAAUAUUGUCUUCAACAUGGCGACCGGCUCUGCCCCAAGGCAGCUGCAGCUUCGUGCUGCUGUCCGCACGAAAAACGGGAUCUGCGUGCCCCGGAAAUGGAUAUACCACCUGACUGAAGGGAAAGGCAACACAGACCUCAGGACUGAAGGCCGCCCUGACAUGAAAACAGACCUCUUCUCCAGCUCGUGCCCAGGGGGAAUCAUGCUGAAAGAGACGGGCGAGGGGUACCAACGCUUUCUCCUCUACAACCGAUCACCACACCCUCCGCAGAAGUGUGUGGAGGAAUUCCAGUCUCUGACCUCCUGCUUGGACUUCAAAGUCUUGUUGGUGACUCCCAGGAAUCAAGAGGCCUGCCAGCUGUCCAGCAAGUGACCUGUCACUUCCAUCUGUGUGGGGUGGGAGCUGAGCUGCGAGGGGAGACUUCGGAAACUCUCCACGCCCUCUCAAGGAUAAUAAAGAUGGUUCUCAAUCCUCA